GAGAAAGAGAAGCAAAAUAGAGCGACGACGGGGGGUUUCACCCUUGGCUACUUUAUCCGCAAGCGAAUGUCCGUGCCGGAUCCGCUGCACAUUCGGAUUGGAUUUGGUUGCCGCUGCGGGCUCGUGCGCACAAAGCGGUCUCGGGUGCUCGGGUGCACUUGGCGAGGCGAGGCGAGGCAAGGGCGACGAGGUGAAUUCGUCGAGGGCUGCAGCGAGAGGAUCGAUUUCCGCGACAGGCCAUGGCUGCGGUUGUGGGCUUGGGGUGGGGCGUGUGCGCGACGGGGGCCUUGAGAGUUGCCGAAGCGUCCUCGCGGGUUCAGUCUGAGAAGGCGGGCGUAAUUGUGAGGGCCGCAACUCCGCAGCAGCAGCAGAGGUUGCGUUCCAGCAAUGGAGGCUUGGUGCCGAAGAGUCGGAUUCAGCGGCUUAUCUGUAAGUCGGUGGAUGUCGAUGACAGCGCAACUGAGGCCGAGGAGCCAUCGGUAAAAUCUGCUGAGGCUGAGGCCGAUUCCGUCGAUCAACUCCCCAAUCCCCGACGAGGUUUGGAAGAGAGGUUUGCCGUGAUCAACACCGGGAAAUUCGAGUGCCGAUCGUGUGGAUAUGUGUAUGACGCAGCGAAGGGAGAUACGAACUAUCCCAUAGCUGCAGGCAUAGAAUUCGGAGGCUUGCCAGAGGACUGGAGGUGUCCGACUUGUGGUGCUGCCAAAACUUACUUUCAGAGUAAGAGUGUAGAGAUUGCGGGAUUUGCUCAAAAUCAACAGUUCGGCCUGGGUGGAAACUCCUUGACCGAAGGGCAGAAAAGUCUUCUAAUUUACGGUACCUUUGCUUUCUUCUUUACACUUUUCCUUGCAGGCUAUCUGCUCCAAUAGUAGUCGAAAUUGUACAUUCAUUUGCUCUGUGUGAUUAAAGAAAUCCUAUUCAAGUGAUUCUC